UUUAAAACUCUGUGGUCAGUGAUUGAUGUUUCAUGACCUGUUUCAAGUUGUGAUGGGCUUUAUAACGUGCAACACCUAAAUCAUGAAUAGCAGAGAGAACAGAUUUGAGGACAUUUUGAGUUUGUAGGCUGUAAAAAUGCUCAUUCUUAGAUUGUGACACACUCUGGUGGGAUGGAGCGCUGAGGAUGAAGUAAUGACGUAAAUCGUGAAAUUUACCACAGUAGUAUUCAGUGGCUCAAGAUGAACAAUGAUUCAGGGAUGCUGGACAUUCUGUGCGAAUAUCUCAUGAAGAAGGAUUUCAGGAAUUACAUUUUUCCGGAUCGUUUUUUAAUUAGGGUGUAAUUGAAAGAAGCAAAGAUGGGGCAUACAUAUUCAUCGGAAAUUGAGGGGAAAUACGCAAUCCAUGGAACUUCGCCGAAUAUCCCACGGUCGCGCACGCUAGAUGACAAGAACAGCGCAGAGUUCCGUCGCGACCACAGCAGCGAUGGGAUAAUGUCCGAAACGGACACAAGUGCGACGGGAUUUGCCCGCGGAGGCAAACUCCGGUCAAGUUUGCCAAUCGUUCGCACUCCCUCCAAGUCACUGGAAAAACCAUUAGGUUUGGUUUUCCUAGUGUACCGGGAUGAAACCAAGAGGGCGCUGCUACCGAAUGAGAUCACCUGCAUCGACACGGUCAAGGCGCUAUUCGUCCGCUCGUUUCCUAAGCAGCUCACAUUCGAAUAUCUCAACUCAACAGCGAGGAAGAUCUACAUUCUUGACGACAAGACAGGGUUGUAUUAUGAGUUGGAGAAUGUAGGAGACGUGAAGGACCGUAGCGUUUUAAAGGUGCAAGAGUUCGAUGCAUUUGGCCACCCCAUCCAGUUUACUCCGACGGCAGAAGGACUAGCCCAGCGUCAACUUGUUAUGUCUUCCUCUUUGAAUGAUAGUGCUGAGGUCGCAAGUUUGAGGGCGUCACAAGAGAGUAUGACUAAAAACCAACCACCACCAAAAUCCCCUCAGCCUACCACAUUCACGAAUGGCCAUCCUCCGCAACCCAGACCAAGUCCACAGAGCUCCCCCUACAGACAGCCUUCAUCGCUACCGCAGUCGCCUCAACGAGUCCCGCGAUCACAAGUCAACCGUGACUAUAUGACGGGCUCAAGUGCCAUCCCGCAGCAGCGGCACUCCCUCUCUUUCAUGCCGAGCUCGAGCACAGGUUCGCUACCAGAAAACAUCCCAUCAAGUCAAAGUUAUCAUGCAUAUAUGGACAAGAAUGGCGGCAGUGGCUCAGGGUCGGUCACACCAAAAGCGGGUGAUCCACCAGGGGCGUCCAAACCUCCUGAAGCUGUUAAGAGCCAGGUGAAACUGAGCGCAACUGUGCCCGUAUUUAGGCAACGGAGGUUUCGCUCAAACAGUGACUGCACGUUGCGGCCAUUCCAUCAGGAACGACGGAUGUUACAUCUGGAUAUCAUAUCCGAAAAUAAAUCAUUAGAAUGUCAUAGAAUGGCAAAGAUGGAGGCCCAGCUGGCGAACCUGACCGCCUGGGUCCAGACGGCCGUCGUGCAGGACCACGCCCUUACCUCACAAAGUCAGACAAGCCUUACUUCCGAUGCUGGUUCCAUGAGAAGUACUCCUGACCGACAGGUGUUAAAUCCUCCACCUUCGCAAACGUCAAAAGGUUUGUCUGACAGCUCAACUGCUACACCGACUCCGGCAGUCUGUAACGCUGAGUUCCAGUACUCCCUACGGGCCUUGCACUCCCGUGCCAAGGAACUUAGUUCAGAGGUGAAAAAUCUCAGGAGAAUGCAAUUACAUAGUGCUGAAACCAUUCGGGAGACUAUACACGAUGCUUCAAAAAAAUUUCAGUCUCUCCUGCUCACAGUCCCUGGUGCAAACGAACAACCUGUCCGCGCUGAGCGCAUACAGGUCAAUGAGGACAUUGACACGUAUCGGCAAGAUGCGGGCAGAGUCGACAAAUUAUUAUGUGAUCUAGAGGAAUCCGUUGAGGAACUUAGGAACGAGGUUGUGAAUCGGCGAUGUCGGGUGACGCAAACAGACGUUGAGGGAAUGGCGCUAGCUCUCAGUCAGAUCAGCCGUAAUCUUGCUGACUUCAAGGGCAAGUUUCCUGAGAUGAUGGACAAGAUGAAGAAGGUGAUGGCUGGCGAGAUGGAGAUCGUGGUCAGAGAGGAAAAGUUUUUGAAGGAGGAGCCAGAACGCAUAGACUCCAGUCUUAGGAGAUGCAAAAAGAUUACUGGAACGCUCUACACCCUGAAAAGGUUGGCGUCAGUGCAAGAGAACAAGCCGCCAAUCGCCCCCAAUAUGGCGACCAACUCGUCCCCGAAAGAAAACGAUAAACGCGCCGUGAUGGAAAGCAUCCAAGCCUUGGUGCCGGAUCACGAGAGACGAGUGGAGAAAGUUGAGGCGGCCGAGGCCUCAAGGGAACGUAAAAAGAAUAUGACGUCACAACAAGAGUCGCUGAAGUUCCAAAAAUCUCUCGAAAUGGCAAGCAAAAAUUUGAAGGACACGAAACCUGACAAGAAAACGAACGGGAAAAAGGAUACAAAGGAUAUGAAAAAGGAUUCGAAGGUCACGAAGGAUGUUAAGGGGAAUAGCAAUGGGAAAGGGAAGGAGGCGACUAAAAAUGGGAAGGAGAAAGGAAAGGAUGCAAAAAAGGACUCUAAGGAUAAGGGAAAGGAUGCAAAGGACAAGGGGAAAAUGGGGAAAGAUAAAAAAGGGAAAAAGGAGGAUACGACGCCAAAUGAAAUGGAUGAUAUUCAGAAGGUUAUUACGCAAGAGAAUGAGAUCGCGGUCUGUCAGGGGGAUUCUUGUGACGCCGAGACCCCAACGAUUCAAAUUCCGCAGACAGUGGAGUACAUCAUGGUGCCGACGCAGAAUGUAACGCGGAAUGCUCCGGCGCCGAAAUUGUCCUCCUUUUCUCCACCUCCGACGACAAACUUUGACAAUUAUUAUUCAAAUUUCUCAAAACUUUUAGUGUCUACAGCACACGUGCGAGGGCGCUCUGUCUCACCGGAGCCAGUUUAUUCUCGCCCUUGUGUUCAAACUGAGCCGCAAAGUGUUCAUGCGAAUCAUCCGAUUGGAUCUCCGCAGCAAAACUUCGGCAAUCACUUAGAGAAUCCGUACGCGAUUGGCCGACCAAGACCUGCGUCUAUCUCGGGUCCGAUUCACUCGUCGUUGCAUGAACGUCAGGUAGUCGCCCAGCACACAAAUGAUGUUAUGUCGAAAUCCACAACAUCUGCUGAGCAAAAAACUGUCACCUUUGACCCCUGGGUUGAAAUGAGGGAGGGACAAUCAAACUUAAACUCAUUUGGCGGCCAAAGUAAUGGUAACAACAGUCAGCGCCACUCUCGCCCACUCCCUGUGCACAUCAGCGAGAAACAACACAAUAUGUUUGCACCGGUGGAACCUGUGCCCACAACACAGGUGAAUGAUAACUCGAAGAAACGCGUUCCUCCUCCUCCACCUCCGAGGAAAAGUAGUCGGGCAUCGAUCCAAGCGAUGAAAGCGAGGCAGUCGCCAACAGGAGAGAGUGAUUAUGAAAACAUCGAAAGCGUACGUGCAGCAAUCAAGGAAGCUCAAUCGAAAAGGUCGCCAGGUCAAGGUCAGACUCCUAGUCCCAAAGGUCAAGGUCAAACACCUAGUCCUAAGCAAGGUCAUUUAACGAUGGUGCCAGUGGCUGUCAAUCAUGCACGGAGUAACUCUGAGCCAGUUUCUACCUCAACCCCUAUCGAGAAGCAACGCAUAAUUGGUCGGCGACCAGAAAAUAGGUUUCAGAAGGAUCUUAUGGCAGGGAUGUAUGCAAAUAUGAACAGACCAGAUUUGCAGGAUCAGAAUAUCAAUAUUCAGAAAGUUGUACAUAGCCCAGAGCGCCAUACUCCUACGGGGAGGGACGGGCAGGGUGGCUCGAGCGAUAGUUCUGAGUCCUCCAGCUUGGAUAGUCAGAAAGGACAUGCUCCGCAACAGGGGCCUGACCGCGAUACACGGAGGAUGGACAUGAAUGAUGGGUCAGGGGUGGGUCCGCCGGUCAGCAUAGCAUCUCGUCAGCAGAUGUUCGAAAAACAAGCAGCUGCGUUCAAGGAGCAGGCCUCGUUGCAGAUCACGUCGCAACAGAUGCAACAUCGGCUGAGCCAGGGGGACGUGGGGCAGACAUCAACUCAACAUCGACCGAGUCCGGGCGAGGCGAUGCAUAUGUCGGCGCAGCAUCACCAUCGCUUGAGCCAAGGUGACAUGAAGGUCAUUCAGAUGGGCACCCAGCACCGUCUCAGUCAGGGCGAAAUGCGGAAAGCUAUGCAAAUGCAUGAACAGUAUUCUAAGUACGGCACGGUGAAGGAUCAGAGGAAGCACACAUCUUCUGGAUCAAGUCCGCAGGAAGUCAAGGCGAAUAAUGUUCGGACGGAAAUCACUCAUAAUCCAUGUUCUAAUCCGCAGACUGUGACGUCACCUAUAAUUACGAGGUCAAAGGUCGUUAUUAAUCUUCAGACCGGGCGCAAGGAAGAAGAAACGGACAUUUAUUAAUCAAUCAUUAUUUAUCAUCAUUAUUAAUUAAUGAAGUCACAAAAUACCAUGAUUAGGGAACUAGAGUAUAGCCAAAGAUUCUUAAUAGGGAAUACAAAUAUAGACUAAGGAUAUAACAAAUGGCGUAACGAGCAACUUGGGGACAAGGUUCUGUAGAAAACGUGUAGCUUUCUUCCAUUCAACUCAGCUGUGCUUUUGUUGGCUUUUCGCGACCUAUGUAGACAAUAUUCGUAAUUUUGCCAUGAAAGCUUAUUCAUUCUGGUGACUAUUUCUAAAAUACUUGCAUCAGAGAGGUUCAGAUUUUGAUCCGUGAACGAGAACAAAGUGGGCGUACCAGACAUCACAACACACUGUUUCGUAACAUUUCCAGGGCUUUCCAACUUUACCUCAGAGCGGGUUGUCGUUAAAGGUCUCUAAUGUAGAGAUACCCAGGGGAGCCUAGGGGAGCCCAGCUGCCCCUAGGGGAGCCUAGGGGAGCCUAGGGGAGCCUGUCGGUUUUUUGGUGCCACCUGGUUCAGCGUGUCACCCCAACAACCUGUUUAUAGUAGUUGGAAAGCCCUGUAUUUCUGACAACAGACAACGUUAAGUCCAUCGUCAUUGUCACCUUGUUCUGGUAUCAAAAUCUUGACCUCUCGAAUAUGCUUGUUUAUAAGUGAUCAAGAUAUAACCACAUGUGUUCAGUAAACAUAGAAGUUUGUGGAACUGUGCUAAUAAUAAUCGUGUCAAGUCUAAAAGUGCCGUAAGUGAUGUCAAACAUAAGAUUUAUCGUAACUUUUAAUGAAUUUGUUCCAAUGUAUGCCAUGAAAUAUCUAUGGGAAUUGUUAAAACGUGUUAAGAUUAUUCGUGAGCGUUUUUGAGAAUUCGAUAUGAUUGAGAAUUUAAUAUUGAUUUGAUUGACAAUUCGACAAUUCCAAUAGAUGAAGGUCCUAUGUAGAACUACUAUGGAAUUUCGUGAGUGUGGUUUAUGCAGUGUAAUCAUUGCAAUCAUACAAUGCUGUAAAACAGGACAUUUUAGCAUGCGUUUUAAUUUCAAGUUUUUCGCAACCAGCAAAAUUUGCGAAAAUAAAACGCAGUGAAAAACAAGCAUUUACAAUACUCCUUAAGUUUUUCUACAGAAUAAUAUGAUUCUUCAUGAACUACUCAAUGAUAUAUGUAAAUAUGUACAAAGUCUGUGUGCGUGAAGCUGUGGUAUUUGUUACUUUUGAUAAAACCCUGAGUUGUGAAGAGAAUUCCGUUCUUUAAGUUAGUCUCAGGAGUCUGUACUAUAAUUUCAUGCUGUCUAAAAAGUAGGUAUACAUCUAGCAAAACAGAAAUAAAAUGUGUGCACCUUGAAGGAUACCUAGUAAAUCCCAUGGUCACCCAAGGUGUUGAUCCUUGGCUCUGACACAGACCCUUGAAGUAGGGAUAUCGUUUCAUUUCUAGUAAUGUAUUGCCAUUUUUAUACAGUAGUACCCAUGUAAAAACCAUUAGAUGUCAUUGUACCCAUCUUAAAGGGACAAUAUAGGCAGCAGCUAGGCAGGCAAGAUAAAGUUACACAAAGUCGCCAAUAGGGUCUCUCACAUCUCGCAGUAUGUCGAAAUGAGGCUUGUACGAGGAAUAUAUUUAGUGCAGAAUCAGACAUGACCCAAACCACUUACUGUAUAUAUUAGUCACCUGAAGAUGACCAAAUUAGUCCCUCUGCUCCUGCCUAUAGUCCCCCUUUAAGCUAGAUUUCAGUUAUGCUGGGACCUCUAAAUCUCAUCAGGUUCUUGGUUUAAGGCGUCUGUGGUACGAAAGUAGGUGUGCAACAGAAAUUGUAAAGUCGGAUCUCGUGCUGCCCUCUGCAGUCAGUGUUGUUAUCUAGGACAGUAAUCGUUUGGUCUUGAUGUCGACUCUGGAAUUCGCUAAACAAAAGUCUUUCGACUGUUCUGUAAUUGCAUGACGAUCAAUUCAUAAGUUGUGUAUUAGAAUUGAAGGGACACUGGAGUUUUUGUUGACAAGAAUUGCAAAAGGGGCUCAACAUGAAAUUAUACCAAUGUGUUCUUUGACUUAGAUUGUUAGAAGUUAUAUUUUCUUUCUACGGGUACAGAAGAGGAAUGAAUUCUACCCUCGUUUGGCUGAAAUUUGCAUUUCAGCUGAACCCAUUACGUCUUUUCUAUUUCUAGUCUAUCAGCCAUGGCAGCAUGACUUAGGAGAUGGCUGUUUAUACUUUCAUAAUACAUGUUUAUUAAAGGAGGUAGUAGCAAACAAUCACCAAUAUAUCACAGUUUGUUAAAGGAGGUGUUAGCAAACAAUCAGCAAUGUAUCACAGUUUGUUAAAGGAGGUGUUAGCAAACAAUCAGCAAUGUAUCACAGUUUGUUAAAGGAGGUGUUAGCAAACAAUCAGCAAUGUAUCACAGUUUUGUUAAAGGGGAAGUGCCGCAGAAAUGAGAAGGGUUUCUCUCUCUCAGAAUGAGAAGUGUUUGAGGUGUAGAUAAGGGUUCCAAUGUACAUUUGACGCGGCCAACACAACCACUUAUGUAUUGUGACAGUGCUCAUGCUUCAUGUAGCCUUAGCUGCUGCUUCAUGAAGUACUUGUAUCUAAUGUUUGAGUUGAACUUAAAGCAGGACUGUAGGCAGGAGCAUGGGGUCAAAUUGGUCAUCUUGGGCUUACUAAUGUACGGUAGGGGGCUUGGGUCCUGUUGGAUUCUACAUAUGUGCAACAUUCGUCAUACAAGCGAGUGUAGUUUCCAUGCACUGUAAGAUGGGAGACUCCUAUCGGCGACUUCAUGUAACUUAAUCUGACCUCUGUGGCUCCUGCCUAUAGACACCCUUUAAGGGACCACGCCCGAUAUUAUUUGCAACCAUCUCGGAGUGUGCAGUUUUGUGAAAUUGCAACUUUUGCCUACUUGUAGUAUUUAGCGUUAUGAUGACCCUGUAAUUGUGUGAUUUCGAUUAAGAAUUUAUUUUUUUGCGGCCAUGUACUUUUCACGAGCAAUAUGCAAAUGUAUAUAAAAGGCACACGAACUUCUCUAUGUUUAAAUUAAUUCUCUGAAGAAUAUGCGUCUAAAACUUGUGCUGCCAUCUAAAGUUGCUUGACUGAACUAAACCUUGGUAUGUGGUUGUGAACAGUCUGCUUACAAGUGCAAAUUCUCAUAGAUAUAUAAACUGGGUGUGGUCCUUUUGAUUGUCAAUUAUAGAAAAAAAGAAUAUGGAAAAAAGGGCGUAAGACACACCUUGUAGAUUAUGACAUGAUUACAUAGAGAAGGCGAUAAUAAUACCAAGUAUAUGUUAAAUACAUAGGCCUAAUUGCUGCAAACGUAAAUAAUUUAUUAAAUCAUAAACCGCCAAAUUUUCUUUUGCAAUUUUGACGAUUUCUAAAGAAAUUAAUUGCUCACAAUUUUCAAUUUGGCUGAUUACGAAAUGCACUUGGGUUUUAGUUUUGCAAUAUUUAAUUUUUGCAAAUCUUUGAGAUUUAUGAAAUCUGUGAAAAUUUGGCGGUUUAUCAUAGUAUACUCAGUGCAUUUAGUUCUAAUAUUUUGGUGCUCAAAUUACAACGUAAUAUCUAUACUUAUAAUAUAGUUCUAAGAUUAUUAUCAUUAUCAUUAUGUAAAUAUGUUUAUGAAUAUCACUCCGGAAAAUCAAAAUCUCCGAGUGGUUCCAAGCAUCUCCCAGAGUUUCAAUUCUUCUGAUACAGUGUCUUGGUGAAAAUCUGCUAACCCAAUGAAGUCCUUAUCUUUACUUGAGAAUUGGGAUCUGGAGCUGUUUGGGAACACUAUGGUCAAGGUUUCCCUUAAGAAACUCCAUCUAGAAGGCUAAAUCAAGUAAAAACAUUUGAUUGGGUUGCUUAUUUUACUGUCUCACACUUUCAUUUGCUAUUGAAGCAGAAGUUUGGCCCAGUAUUUCUAGUCCCAAAUGCAAAUUUCUGUUUAGUACAAGUAUUCACAUGCGAUAUGCCAGGAGAGCUGUUUUUUCCCGAGGAACCAUGGAGUAUACUUAACUUCCAGCGGUAUUGCCUCCGUUACCUCCGCCCAUAUUGGCCGCGCGUUGUCUGUAAAGCUUAGCAAUGUC